UGAUGUUCUCGUGUGAGCUUGGCCGGAAGCGGCUUGAUUCUCCCCCCCGCCCCCCGCCACUGCUUUUAGAAUUGGCUCUGAUGUUUUUCCUUACCUAGAAAAUGUCAGGCCUCAGAGCUGAGGUGGGACCGCCGUUGCACUGCCUGACUUCUCUGGAAAUGGCCUUGCUGCCUGUCGCCUCGGCGGGACGGUGCCCGUGUGGUUCUGCUGAGUACAGAGGUUCUUGUUCACAUCUUCCACGAGCGUUCCGCUUGUUUUGGCAACAACUGCCCUCUCUCCAGGCAGCUCCUAAAUUCACUUAUUUAUCAAACACACGUUAAUUUGGGGCCCACUGUGUGUCAGGAGCUGGGGUAGGUAAGACAAAAUCUCCCGCCUUGGGGGACGGUCCUUCCAGUGAAGUAAACCGCUGGGGGGAGGGUAGAGAGCGACGGGGGGCGUGUGAGCGCUGGGGAGGGGCCUGUCCGAGCAGGGGGCAGCGCAGGGUGGGGAGGAGUGAGCCGGCGGAGGUCUGGGGGCGGCGUUCCGCACCUUUCUCCCAGCCCUGCCCUCUCGGUCCUGCCGUCCAGAAUCUCCAUGGAACUCAAGGUCUUCCAGCUAAACGUUCCUCCGUCUCAGACUGUCUUCUGUGCCGCUACCCACCUCCCUCCGGACCGCCUCCCCUCCCCCCGUGCUGGCUCUCCGUGCCCUCCAGCUGCCCCUCCUGUCCCCGUCUGAUCCCCAGGGGGCUCUUUUGCGUCGCUCUCUGCCGCUGCUGCUGCCCCUUGCAUUCUGGCCCGUGCCGCGCAGGUGCGGUGGCGGCUGAGCUGUUGCCCGCAGACGUCAGGUCGUGGCAGAGCGCGUAGGCAGGUAGAGAAGUGGCUCCGAGUGUGGCUGCCAGUAGGAGGCCGCUCGAGGGCCCGCGGAGGGACCCGCUGCGCCGGGGGGUCAAGGAUGCCGCCCCUCUCCGGCCUCCCGGCCCCCACCGUGCGUGUUCACACUGUCUGCUGCGUUGCCUCCGUGCUCCAGGUUCAGCUUCCCAAGGCCUGUGCCUACCCACCAGGGGCUGAGCACAGAGCAUGUAUGAUCUUUGACUCCUUAGUAUCAAAGGGGGUGGUGUCUUCCUGAGAGAAGAGGGUUUGUAUCCUGGCCAGCGCCCACUAGGCAGUCAGAUGUCGGCAACUGAAAUGGUUCCUCACAGGUCUGAGCCUGGCUGUCCAGGAGAACUUUCCAUGGUGAUGGAUGCGUCCCGCAGUCUGUGCUGUCCUUUUACAGUGGUGGUCGGUGAGGCAGGAGGGGGCUCUUCAUCAUCAUUAAUUCAGAUCUAAGGUGCCACACGUGCCUCCCAGCAACUCCCUGGAUGCUAUGAGCCCUGCUGUGUCCCACGUGUCAUGUCGCUGAGCUGUCCCUGUGCCGCCUCUGUGCCUCCACCAGCUGCUGGAGCCCAAUGGACAGAUCCCCCCCCCCCACCUGUAUGGUUUUCCAAGCAGAAGGUACUUGUGUCUGCACCCGCGUCCCCUGCCGCCGCAUGGCCCCCUCCUUGGUGCCCAGGCCCUUCUCUACGGGCCACCCCCCCGAGGGUUUUGCUCACAUGGUCUCUGGAGUGACACUGGACUUUGCCUCACUGCCUGUCCUUCGCUGUCACCUUGACCAGCUCUUCACCCCACGUCUAAGCUCUGGGAGACCCAGGUCCCCCAGGCCCACCCCUGUCUCCCACGGCCUGUCCUCGUCUCUGCUGGAGGCCUAGCAGGCGCUGCUCGGCCUUUUCCUCCCACCUCCCGUGUUCCCUGCUGCCUUCUUCGUGCUCCACAGCCCGUCCGUGCGCCGCAUCUGUGGUUCUCCUUGGGGUGCAGUCGCGCUCUGACUGUCCUCACGGCCUUCCCCUGCCCACCCCGGCCCAGGCCAGCUGGCUUCCCUGCGUCCACCCUGGCUCCUGUGCAGCAGCCGGGUGAGCUUUUCAAGUAAUGUGCAGGUUCAUCAUGUUUCUCAUCAGAACCCACCAAAGCCUCUCUGAUCUCUGAAGGAAAGUUCAGGGUCUCACCGUGGCCUGGAAGGGAUCCUAAAGCCCACCUUCUCCUUGUCUUCUGCCCUCAUCCCCAGCUCUGCUGGCGUGUGGACCCGUCACCCCCCUCCUCGGCCCCCGUGGCCCCUCUGUUCCUGCAGCUCUCACUUGGGGGCACUCUUGUCCAAACCACAUCACACCUCUUCCAGCGUCCUUGUCUCCCUAACACUGUCACCACGCGGGGGGAAGAGGCGUGCUAUGCGUCCCUCGCCCCUAGAAUCCGUGGGGCAGCAUCGCGUCACCUGAAACGUCGCCCGGUACAUGGCAGCUGCUCACAGCCGCUCAUGGAACACAUACCCCAGGGCGUUGUCACUCGUGCACUCGUGUGGGCGUGUGUGUGUGUCUUCCCCUCUGCCCACCUCGUGACCCUGCCUCCAUGGUCCUGACUGAAGGGUUUCUGUGUGGUCCCGCAUUGUGUUUCUCCUCCUCUGUGUCCUGACUCCUCGUGGGCAGGGGAGCUGUCUGCUGUGUCCCCUGCAGCCGACGCAGUGCUGGCCCAGAGUCGGUGCUCUGCCGUGCCGCCCGCCUGGGUGACCAGCCUCUGCUGGACAGAAGCCCGUUGAGGACAGCAGAGGUCGCCGGGCUCCGGAGCUGGCGGGUUCUGGGGCCAGCUCAUGGGUUUCCCUUCUCCCCAGCAGGCCCGGCACCGUCUCCAGGGCACCAUGAACGCCAUCGUCGCACUCUGUCACUUCUGUGAGCUCCACGGCCCCCGCACGCUCUUCUGCACGGAGGUCCUGCACGCCCCGCUUCCGCAAGGGGCGGGGAACGGGGACGGCGCUGGCCAGGGCGAGCAGGCCGAGGAGGAGGAGGGCGGCAUCCAGAUGAGCAGCCGCGUCCGCGCCCACAGCCCCGCGGAGGGCGCCAGCGUGGAGUCCAGCAGCCCGGGACCGAAGAAGUCGGACAUGUGCGAGGGCUGCCGGUCACUGGCCGCAGGGCAUCCUGGCUACAUCAGCCAUGACAAGGAGACCUCGAUCAAGUACGUCAGCCACCAGCACCCCAACCACGCCCAGCUCUUCAGCAUCGUCCGCCAGGCCUGCGUGCGGAGCCUGAGCUGUGAGGUGUGCCCUGGCCGCGAGGGCCCCAUCUUCUUCGGGGACGAGCAGCACGGCUUUGUGUUCAGCCACACGUUCUUCAUCAAGGACAGCCUGGCGCGGGGCUUCCAGCGCUGGUACAGCAUCAUCGCCAUCAUGAUGGACCGCAUCUACCUCAUCAACUCCUGGCCCUUCCUGCUGGGCCGGAUCCGUGGGAUCAUCGACGAGCUCCAGGGCAAGGCGCUCAAGGUGUUUGAAGCGGAGCAGUUUGGGUGCCCACAGCGCGCCCAGAGGAUGAACACGGCUUUCACGCCGUUCCUGCACCAAAGGAAUGGCAAUGCCGCCCGCUCACUGACGUCCUUGACAAACGAUGACAGCUUGUGGGCGUGCCUGCACACCUCCUUCGCCUGGCUCCUGAAAGCGUGCGGCAGCCGGCUGACCGAGAAGCUCCUGGAAGGCGCGCCCACCGAGGACACCCUGGUCCAGAUGGAACAGCUUGCGGACUUAGAAGAGGAAUCAGAAAGCUGGGACAACUCUGAGGCUGAAGAGGAGAAAGGCCCUGUCUUGCCAGAGGGGGCAGAGGGGCGGGAGUUGAGCAGGUGCCCAGCGGAUUCGUCCUUGCUCUCAGACUGUGGAAACUGGCAGCCCCGAAAGCUCUCUGUGUUUAAAUCCCUUCGGCACAUGAGGCAGGUCCUGGGUGCCCCAUCCUUCCGCACGCUGGCCUGGCAUGUCCUCAUGGGGAACCAGGUGAUCUGGAAAAGCAGAGAUGCAGACCUCGUCCAUUCAGCCUUUGAAGUUCUCCGGACCAUGCUGCCUGUGGGCUGUGUGCGCGCCAUCCCUUACAGCAGCCAGUAUGAGGAGGCCUACCGCUGCAACUUCCUGGGGCUCAGCCCCCACGUGCAGAUCCCCCCCCACGUGCUGGCCUCAGAGUUUGCUGUGGUGGUGGAGGUUCACACGGGCACUCGCUCCAGCCUGCACCCGGUCGGGUGUGAGGAUGACCAGCCUCUCAGCAAGUAUGAGUUUGUGGUGACCAGUGGGAGUCCUGUCGCCGCAGACCGAGUCGGCCCCACCAUCCUGAAUAAAAUGGAGGCUGCUCUGACCAACCAGAACCUGUCUGUGGAUGUGGUCGACCAGUGCCUCGUCUGCCUCAAGGAGGAGUGGAUGAACAAAGUGAAGGUCCUCUUUAAGUUCACCAAGGUGGAUAGUCGGCCCAAAGAGGACACACAGAAGCUCCUGAGUAUCCUCGGAGCGUCCGAGGAGGACAAUGUCAAGCUGCUCAAGUUCUGGAUGACAGGCCUGAGUAAGACCUACAAGUCACACCUCAUGUCCACGGUCCGCAGCCCCACAGCCUCAGAGCCUCGCAGUUGACCCCACCGUGGGACUCUGUCUGGUAGGCCUCCUGGGAAGUGGUGACGGCCGUCCUUGCCGCGGAGCUCAGCCGCAGGUCUCUGGUGGCUGUCAGCCGCAGGCUGUCCUCCCGCUUCUGAACUGCUGGCAUGAAGCGGUUUCCUAGUAAGGGAUAGAAGCUGUUGGGGCUGAACUUUGCCCUCUGUGUGGGAUUCGGGCCUGUGCAGUCCUUGGCCCCAUCCCACAAACUGUUUGAUUUGGUCCGCCCUGAAGAGGGCAGAGGGAGACUUGUGACAGGUAGUUCCCCCAACAUGCACACCCCGGGAGAGAACACGAGGAAAGUGUGCAUCUCACAUGUCAUGGACGUCGAUCUCAGAAUUUACAGGAAAACGUGUCCGGCCAGCCCUGCAUGGGGUCUCUCAGCCGCAGUGUCAUACCCUCUCUUAAGGUUGAACCUUUCUGUUCUGAAAUUUAGCAAAGGUUUCCCAGGUUGUGUAUGUGUUCGUGGGUUUUGCUGUAGUUGUGAAUUUUCAGGAUAUGUGCUGAUCCGUAGUCAUCAUUAGUAAUCUGGUUUUGAGUUGGGGCUCUGGGAAUGGCUUUUGGGGUGGAGUGGAUGUUUUCCUCAUCUUUGGAUCACCUGGAAUUCAUGUUCUGAAGCUGAUGACCAGCCCUCCUGGCCGUGCUCUCCUGUGCUUGCUCUGAAGUUCGCCUGUAGCUUGAGGACGAGCCCUAAUCCUUUUCACACAAAGAUGAUCCUGUGCUGAAGUGUCCAGUGGAGCGUUGGCCUGGCCUGGUGCCCAGUACGUGGAGCUGAGAAUCACAUCGCAGUUGUCUUCCCAUUCGCCCUUUAUUGCUUCUUUAAAUGUUUACAUUUGGCUGCAGUGAAUUUUCAGAGUAUGAUGGUUUAAGACAGGUUCAUCAUUCCUGUGUGUAUUUUUAAUAAGGAUUCAUGGUUAGGAAGGAUUUUCCCAGUAAUUUUGCUGAUUUGUGUAUAGUCUUUUUGUGUUUAAUUUAUAUUUAACAGGAAGACCAUGUUUAUAUGACUUGGUGUGUGUAUCGUGCAAGAACACUGAAAUAAUAAAGAUAUAUUUUUAUACA